AUGAAAGAUCUUACUAUCCUUUGUGGUGUGGAGGCGUGUGCCAUAUUCCAAAACUCCUUUCCAGAGCAGCCGACUAUCUGGCCGUCGGUGGGCGAAGCUAACAGGAUCAUCGAGAAGUUCAGAAGCCUCCCAGAAUUUGAGCGAGUUAAGAGGAUGAUAAACCAAGAGACCUUUACCGAACAGAGGCUGAAGAAGAUGGAGGCGAUGCUAAAGACGCAGCAAAAAGAUAAUCGACACAAAGAGUUCACCCAAGUCAUUAUUCAGAGGUUGGAUGGCUCGUCGGCAAUUCUUCCAUUGAAGACUGACGACGAUUGUGUGGAACUUGACAAUGUCAUAAAUCAGUUCAUAAAAGAUAUUGAUAGGAAGAUGGAGAUCUUGCAGAAUGAAGGGUCCUCUUCCAACCCUGCUCCACAAGUUUCAUAA